AUGCCCCGAGAAGCUGAAAUCUCCGUCAACGAGCGCGAGUUCAUCAAGCAGGCGCUGCAGGAGCAGAUUCGCCUCGAUGGCCGCGCGUUCGAUGCAUUCCGCGCCUUGGAGCUUACCUUUGGAGACGAAUAUGGUGUCGCGGACGUGCAGCUGGGCAAGACGAGAGUGGUUGCGCGAAUCUCAGUCGAUGUAGUCACCCCAGCGCCGGAGCGCAAGUUCGACGGCGUCUUCCAGAUUGUCACAGAGUUCUCGCCCAUGGCCUCGCCUGCCUUUGAGAUUGGCCGGCCUACAGAUGCCGAAGUCAUUCUCUCGCGCAUUCUCGAAAAGGCGAUUCGCCGCUCCAACGCCCUCGACACCGAGUCGCUGUGCAUCAUUGCUGGACAGAAGUGCUUUGCUCUCCGCGCCGACGUGCACAUCAUCGACCAUGAUGGCGGACUGAUCGACGCUUCGUGUAUCGCUGUCAUGGCCGCGCUGCAGCACUUCAGGCGACCUGACGUCCAGGUCGAGGGCGAGAAGGCCAUCAUCUUGAGCGUCCGCGAGCGCGAACCCAUACCGCUGUCAAUUCUGCACCAGCCGCUGUGCGUCACCUUUUCCUACUUUGAGGAAGGCGAGAUCUAUUUGGUCGAUGCCAAUGUAGCCGAGGAGCAGGUCCGCCAGGGCCAAGUCAUCAUCACCAUGAACAAGCACGGCGAAAUCUGCCAGAUUGCAAAGUAUGGCGGUGCCACCGUAAACCCAUUGGCCCUUUUAAACUGCACCAACAUCGCGUUGGAGAAGGUCAAGCAGAUGAGCAAGUUCAUCCAGCAGAAGCUUGACGCGGACAACAAGAAGAGGAAUCCAAAGGGCUUGCUGAGUGAGCUGAGCGCUGAGAACGCCAGAGAGAAUGCUGCGAUUCCAGGAUGA